GCUCCUGCAUAGCCUCAGCCUAACACCAUGACUUCUACCUUCAUCAGCUCCUUCUACCCCUUGGGUAGCACCAAGGCUCCUGAAGCAACCAGUAUCUCCAUCUCCUCCACUGAUGUUGGGGGCCAGCCUGGGGUAGAGGUCAAGGAUGCCUCCCACUGCCUCUUGGCCACCCUGGCUCAUGCCAACCGAGUCCAUGUGGGCCGACCCAGCCUCUGUCUGCCCCACUGCUGCCACACCGCUUGCCCCUUGCCAGGGACUUGCCAUAUUCCAGGCAACAUUGGAAGCUGUGGGACCUAUGGUGAAGGCACCCUGAACGACCAUGAGAAGGAGACCAUGAAGUUCCUGAAUGACCGCCUGGCCAGCUACCUGGAGAAAGUGAGGCAGCUGGCGUUGGAGAAUGCAGAGCUGGAGACCCAGAUCUGAGAGUCAAGUAAAUGCCAGGAGACCGAAGUGUGUCUGAACUACCAGCCCUACUUCUGGACCAUUGAGGAGCUCCAGAAGAAGACCCUGUGCAGCAAGGCUGAGAAUGCUAGGCUGAUCACACAAGUUGACAAUGCCAAGCUGGCUACUGAUGUCCUUAGAAUCAAGUACGAGAGUGAGCUCUCCUUGUGCCAGCUGGUGGAGGUGGAUGUGUACGGGAUGCACAACCUCCUGGAUGACCUGAGCCUGGCCAAGGCUGACCUGGAGGUCCAGCCGGAGUCCCUCAAGGAGGAGCAGCUUUGCCUCAAGAGCAACCACCAGCAGGAAGUGAACAUUCUGAAGCAUCAGACAGGGGUCAAGCUCUGGAUUGAGGUGGACAGUGAGCCCACCGUGGACCUGGGUAUGGCACUAGGGGAGAUGUGGUGCCAGUACGAGGCCAUGGUGGAGACCAGCUGCCAGGAUGUGGAGCAAUGGGUUCAAGCUCAGUCUGAAGGCAUCGGCCUGCAGGCCAUGUCCUGCUCUGAGGAGCUGCAGUGUUGCCAGUCGGAGAUCCUGGAGCUGAGAUGCAUGAUGAAUGCCCUGGAGGUCGAGCGCUAAGCUCAGCACGCUCUGAAAGACUGCCUGCAAAACUCUCUGGGUGAAGCUGAGGCCUGCUACAGCGCUGAGCUGGCCCAGAGGCGGAGCCUGAUCAGCAAUGUGGAGGAGCAGCUGUCUGAGAUCUGGGCUGACCUGGAGCCACAGAACCAGGAGUACCGGGCGCUGCUGGACGGAAGGGCCUGGCUGGAGGGUGAGAUCGCCACAUACCGGAACCUUCUGGAGACCAAGGGCUGCAAAUUUCCCUGCAAUCUGUGUGCCACCCCUGUCUCUUGUGUGCCACCACCCUGUGCCCCUCGUCCAAGCUGUGCCCCCCGCACCUCUUGUGGGCCUGGUUCAGCCUGUAGAGCCAGCACUGGAAGCCAAUUCUGA